GGGAUGGGUGCCAGCGGUCGAGCUGGUACGGCAGGCGGGGUGCCGGUGGUUGAGCAGCAAGGACAACGGCAAGGACAACGACAGGAUGACGCGUUCUGGCAGGUCCACCGCUGGCUCUACUUGUGCCUGCUGCGCGCUCGAGGUCUGGAUCAGCCCUCCAGCCGCCAGUCGCCCGCCACCGCUGCUGCUGCCGCAUCCUCCGCUGCCGCUGCCUUGCCGUCCAGCCUGCUGUGCGCCGCCUUGGACGCUACUGCGGAGCUGGAGGAGGAUGGCAAGGUGGUGCUGGCGGAUCUGGCUGUGUGCCCGCUGCGGCUGCGGUCCUGGUCGGCCCUGCAGAGCCUGUACGUGGAUGCCACCAGGCGGUUGUUGCAGGAGGCGGCUGUGCUGUUGGACCCGCCUGCGUUCUCCGCACUCUUGCAGCAAUGCCUCCCCAACCAGCAGCACCAGCAGCACCAGCAGCACCAACAGCAGGGCCCUGCGUCAGCGGCAGUCCAAGCCCUCCAAGGUCAAGGACAGGGUCAGGGACAACAAGGACAGGAGCUUGUCGAGGCGGCGCAGCAGCUGACAUGGCUGUUUGGAAUGGCGGUCCGUUCCGCCGUGGCAGCAGCUCAGCUGGACCCGGAUCCCGAGUCCCGGUGCUUCCGCCUGGAAGAGAUCGCCGUACUGCACUACGGUCUUGUCGUACCGUUACAUCCGUUGUACGACACCCUUGCAUCCUUUGAUGAGCGCCCCACUUCGGCCGGUGCUGGUGUUGCUGUUGGUGCUCUUUCCGGGACCGCCAGACCCCCUCCGGCUACUGCUGUACGGACUUCAAACUCCUCCUUGCUGCGGAACCCCAUGCUUGGGGCGCUGUCCGCUGCGGCGACUGCUCCACCUGACGCGCUGCGCCUCAUCACGGGUACCGCGCACGAGGAGGGCGCCCUCACGCCCGCCACCACCACCACCCAGCCGGGCGGGGGAGCUGUGUUUGUGUCGCAUGUCGCCAUGUGCCGCCGGGACUGGCGAUACCGGGCGGCUUGCCAAGUUGCGGAGGACAUGUGGGCGGCUGCAGCGGCGGUGCUGGACGCGGAGUGGCAGUACGAAUACUGGCGGGGGCUGGUGGCGGCGCACCGUAAGGCCCCCGGCUGGCGCUUCCGCUGCAUGGACCACCUGGCGGCGGCUGCCGUACUGGCGGCGGCGGAUCCGCAGUACGGCGGCGGCGGGCUGCUGGCGCCGCUGGUGGCGCUGCACGGCCGGCGGCUGCGCUGGCUGACAAAGGUGAAGGCGAGGGCCGGGGCGGCUGCGGCGGCGCGAAGGGGACAAGAGGGCCGCGGCGGUGGUGGAGGCAGCGGCGUUGCGCGGACGGAGGUUGGGGAGGCGGAAGAGGAGGUGCAGGAGCAGCAACGACGGGAGGUGUUGGAGGUCUGUGCUAGGUACUGCUUCCAGGGCGACCUGGCGCUGCGGCUGCACCCCGGGGGUGACGCCAGCAGCGGACUAGCAGCCCUAGCCGCACCGCUGGGACCUGGCCGGCAGCCGGAACAAACAGCCGCCACCGCAGCAGCAGCAACGCCGGCAGCAGAAGGCGCUGCGAUAGAGUCUGACGAUGGCGCGACGAGUCUCUCCGUAGACCAACUGGAGGAGCUGCUUAUUGCCGACGCCCGUCAGGCCCUGGUCUUCGCCGUGCGGUCGUACAGGCCCGGCAAAGAUCAACACCACUACCACCCGGCCAGGUACCUCCUGGCGGCCUGUGAGCUGCUGCUGGGACGUCCCGAAGAGGCGGACUCGCAGCUGCGACCACUGUUCACUCCGGCCCGGGGUCGCGCGCUCUUCACCCUCAGCAUGGGCCACAUCAGCGACCGGGGCUUUGGACAGCAGCGACGCAAGGCGGCAGCGGCGGCAGCCCGGGCGGCAGAGAAGCAGCAGCAGCAGGCGCAGCAGCAGCAACAGCAGAAGGAGCUUGCGCAAGGGGGAGUUAGCGGAGACCGGCAAGGCAGCGAAGGUGCGCCUACUGCUACCGGCGUGGGAGCCGAGAAGCCGCAGCAGGAAGUUGGAGGGACGCGGAGGAGGUCUGUCCGGGAGCGCAUGUCGCUGGCGGCCUCGAAGCGCCGGCGCAAGGAGGAGGAGGCCCUGGAGGAGGAGCCCAGUGCCAAGAUACCCGCGACAGCCGCCACCUCGCCUCCUCCCUCUCACAACCCUGGUCCUCGCCGUGCUGCUGCUACCGCUGCUGGGGCUAAGGCAUUGGAGGCGGCAGGCAGCGCCCUGGCUGGCUCGGCGUCGGAGGCUGCGGCGGCAGCGGAUCGGGCUCACGGGUCUGGGGCUGCUGGGCUUGCGGGCGCAGGAGGGCAGGAGGAGGCUGCUGAUACGGGGCAGGAGGUUGGCGCUGGGGAGGAGCGGCGGGGCAGGAGCCUUCCCACAGCGCUGUGGGGCGCAGAGCCGGCGAUGGUGAUUGGCCACGGGCUGGAGGAGGAUGAUCGGGAGCACAUCACCGCACUGCGCAAGUGCCUGGGCCUGUACCUGCGGCUGUUAUGGGAGCGCGGAGACCUCACAACACUUCAGGCUGCCGUGCCCGUGCUGUACGGCGCCCUAGACAAGAUGCCGUAUUUGCGGGACCUCGCAUGCCUGGCGCUGGGGCUUAUGGCCACCGGCGCCGCCGCCGCUGCCUGCGCAGCCGUCGGGCUGCCGCUAGAGGAGGCGGCACGGCAGGUGCAGGCGAGGGCGGCGGCAGCAUCAGGCGCAGGUGGCAGCGGCGGCGGCCCCGCCGGAGUGAGGGGUGCUGGCGCGGCUCAGGAGCACUCCUCAGUGGCAGCGCAGUGGCUGGCUGCGGCUCUGGAGGAGCGCAUGGGGGAGCUGUUGGCGGCCGCUGAGGCUGAAACAGCGGCGGCGGCAGCUGCAGCUGCGAUUGAAGCCGCCGCAGCGGCGGCAGCAGAAAAGGAUAGGGACAGUAAGGACGGGGAUGGAGGCGUGG